AUGCCGGUCUCCAUUCUCGCCUAUCCCAUGGUUCAGCGCCCUGCUAUGGAUCCACGUCAAAAGAACCAGACCCAUGCCAAAAAGAACCAUCCCAAAAUUUGUGCUGGCAGCCUCAGCUCCGUUCCACUGCGUCACACCAUUGUCCUGCACGAUGCAGGAGGUGCUGCGGACUCGGACAAUUGUUGA